GGUUUACCUAGAAAUUGCUUUUAAAGCCAUAAAAUGUGUCCUCUGAUCUAUCACAGGCCAGCUUCCUAAUAUACUGCAGCAGGUGAUGAUUCCCAUUGUGAGCAACAGUGACUGUGAUAAAGCUUAUUUAUUGAUCAACAGAAUCACAAGCAAUAUGAUUUGUGCUGGAUUUUUAAAUCAGCAAGAGAAAAGUAUAUGUCCGGGAGACUCUGGAGGUCCAGUGCUCAGUAGGAACGGUUCCCUGUGGAUUCAGUCCGGCAUUUCGAGUUUUACUUCAAAAAAAUGUGAGGACCCCAAAUAUCCCAGUGUGUUCGCCAGAGUUUCUCGGUACCAGGACUGGAUCAAGUCUUACAUGGGAAACAACACACCUGGAUUUGUUGAAUUCAAUGUAUCAUCCAACUCCAACUUUGGAAGCAUACCCAACCUCCUCUUAUUUUCCCUUUCUCUCAUGUUCUCCAUCAUUCCUUUCACCUUCUCCCUCUAUCUUGCUUCCUAAAGAUUGUUUGAACAGUAAUUCCCAGGGUUCU